GGCGGCGGCGCGGCGCGUGAGGGGCCGCCUCGGACCGAGCGGGCGCCGCCAACAUGUCGGAUACCAAGGUAAAAGUUGCCGUCCGGGUCCGGCCCAUGAACCGGCGAGAACUGGAACUGAACACCAAGUGCGUGGUGGAGAUGGAAGGGAAUCAAACGGUCCUGCACCCUCCUCCUUCUAACACCAAACAGGGAGAAAGGAAACCUCCCAAGGUAUUUGCCUUUGAUUAUUGCUUUUGGUCCAUGGAUGAAUCUAAUACUACAAAAUAUGCUGGUCAAGAAGUGGUUUUCAAGUGCCUUGGGGAAGGAAUUCUUGAAAAAGCCUUUCAGGGGUAUAAUGCUUGUAUUUUUGCAUAUGGACAGACAGGUUCGGGAAAAUCCUUCUCCAUGAUGGGCAGUGCUGAGCAGCUGGGCCUUAUUCCAAGGCUCUGCUGUGCUUUAUUUAAAAGGAUCUCUCUAGAGCAAAAUGAGUCACAGACCUUUAAAGUUGAAGUAUCCUAUAUGGAAAUUUAUAAUGAGAAAGUUCGGGAUCUUUUAGACCCCAAAGGGAAUAGACAGUCUCUUAAAGUUCGAGAGCAUAAAGUUUUGGGACCAUAUGUAGACGGUUUAUCCCAGCUGGCUGUCACUAGUUUUGAGGAUAUUGAGUCAUUGAUGUCUGAGGGAAAUAAGUCUCGGACGGUAGCUGCGACUAACAUGAAUGAGGAAAGCAGCCGCUCCCAUGCUGUGUUCAACAUCGUAAUCACACAGACGCUUUAUGACCUGCAGUCUGGGAACUCGGGAGAGAAGGUCAGUAAGGUCAGCCUGGUGGACCUGGCGGGUAGUGAAAGAGUGUCCAAAACAGGAGCUGCGGGAGAGCGACUCAAAGAAGGCAGCAACAUUAACAAAUCACUUACAACCUUGGGGUUGGUGAUAUCAUCGCUGGCUGACCAGGCAGCUGGCAAGGGUAAAAACAAAUUUGUGCCUUACCGAGAUUCAGUCCUCACUUGGCUUCUUAAGGACAAUUUGGGAGGCAACAGCCAGACCUCUAUGAUAGCCACCAUUAGCCCAGCAGCAGACAACUACGAAGAGACCCUCUCCACCUUGCGAUAUGCAGAUCGAGCCAAAAGGAUCGUUAACCACGCCAUCGUGAAUGAGGACCCCAACGCCAAAGUCAUCCGGGAACUGCGUGAGGAAGUAGAGAAACUGAAGGAGCAGCUCUCGCAGGCUGAGGCUAUGAAGGCCCCUGAACUGAAAGAGAAGCUCGAGGAGUCUGAAAAGCUGAUCAAAGAGCUAACAGUGACUUGGGAAGAGAAGCUGAGGAAAACAGAAGAAAUCGCACAGGAGAGACAGCGACAACUCGAAAGUAUGGGGAUUUCCCUGGAGACCUCGGGUAUCAAGGUCGGGGACGACAAGUGCUACUUAGUCAACCUGAACGCAGACCCUGCUCUCAAUGAACUUCUGGUUUAUUAUUUAAAGGACCAUACCAGGGUGGGUGCAGAUACGUCACAGGAUAUCCAGCUGUUUGGGAUAGGAAUUCAGCCGGAGCACUGUGAGAUAGAUAUUGCAUCUGAUGGCGAUGUUACUCUGACUCCGAAAGAAAAUGCAAGGUCCUGUGUAAAUGGCACCCUUGUGUGCAACACCACCCAGCUGUGGCACGGUGAUCGAAUCCUGUGGGGAAAUAACCACUUUUUUAGAAUUAAUUUACCUAAGAGGAAACGGCGAGAUUGGUUGAAAGACUUUGAAAAGGAGGCAGGCCCGCCAGAGCAUGACCUGGAUGCAGCCAGUGAAGCUUCCUCAGAACCAGACUAUAACUAUGAAUUUGCACAGAUGGAAGUUAUCAUGAAAACCCUGAAUAGUAAUGACCCAGUGCAAAAUGUGGUUCAGGUGCUGGAGAAACAGUACCUGGAGGAGAAGAGGAGUGCCCUCGAGGAGCAGCGGCUCAUGUAUGAGCGGGAGCUGGAGCAGCUCCGUCAGCAGCUGUCCCCGGAGCGGCGGCCCCCGAGCAGCGGCCCUGACCGCCUGGCCUACAGUGGCCAGACAGCUCAGCAGAAGGUGACCCAGUGGGCAGAGGAGAGGGAUGAGCUCUUCCGUCAAAGCCUGGCAAAGCUGCGCGAGCAGCUCGUGAAAGCUAACACCUUGGUAAGGGAGGCGAACUUCUUAGCUGAGGAAAUGAGCAAGCUCACUGACUACCAAGUGACUCUGCAGAUCCCUGCCGCAAACCUCAGCGCCAAUAGGAAGAGAGGAGCCAUCGUGAGUGAGCCAGCUAUUCAAGUGAGGAGGAAAGGAAAGGGCACCCAAGUUUGGACCAUUGAGAAGCUGGAGAAUAAAUUAAUUGAUAUGAGAGACCUUUAUCAAGAAUGGAAGGAAAAAAUUCCUGAGGCAAAGCGUCUCUGUGGGAAACGAGGUGACCCUUUCUAUGAAGCCCAAGAGAAUCACAACCUAAUUGGCGUCGCUAAUGUGUUCUUGGAGUGUCUCUUCUAUGACGUGAAACUUCAGUAUGCAGUUCCCAUCAUCAGCCAGCAGGGGGAGGUUGCUGGGCGUCUCCAUGUGGAAGUGAUGCGAGUGACAGGGGCCGUCCCGGAGCGCGUGGUGGAGGAUGACUCCUCGGAGAACUCCAGCGAAGGCGGGAGCCUUGAAGUCGUGGACAGCAGCGGGGAGGUCAUUCACCGAGUCAGGAAACUGACAUGCCGGGUAAAAAUUAAAGAGGCAACUGGGCUGCCCUUAAACCUCUCAAAUUUUGUCUUCUGUCAAUACACAUUCUGGGACCAGUGUGAAUCUACGGUGGCGGCCCCAGUGGUGGACCCCGAGGUGCCUUCGCCUCAGUCCAGGGACGCCCAGUACACCGUCACCUUCUCUCAUUGUAAGGACUACGUGGUGACGGUGACAGAGGAGCUCCUGGAGUUCCUGUCCGACGGAGCCCUGGCCAUUGAGGUGUGGGGCCACCGCUGUGCUGGGAACGGCAGCUCUGUCUGGGAAGUCGACUCCCUUCAUGCGAAGACGAGAACGUUGCAUGACAGGUGGAAUGAGGUAACACGGAGAAUAGAGAUGUGGCUCUCCAUACUGGAAUUGAACGAGCUGGGAGAAUACACCGCAGUGGAACUUCACCAGGCAAAAGAUGUCAACACGGGAGGCAUCUUCCAGCUCAGACAGGGUCAUUCCCGGAGGGUGCAAGUCACGGUGAAACCCGUGCAGCAUUCCGGGACACUGCCACUCAUGGUCGAAGCCAUCCUGUCUGUCUCCAUUGGCUGCGUCACUGCCAGGUCCACCAAGCUGCAGAGAGGGCUGGACAGUUACCAGGAAGAAGACUUAAACUGUGUGAGAGAGAGGUGGUCUGACGCACUCAUCAAACGACGAGAGUACUUAGAUGAGCAGAUUAAAAAAGUCAGCAAUAAAAAAGAGAAGACGGAGGACGACGUGGAGCGGGAAGCCCGGCUUGUGGAGCAGUGGGUGGGCCUGACCGAGGAGAGAAACGCCGUGCUGGUGCCUGCCCCCGGCAGCGGGGUCCCUGGGGCGCCCGCCCACUGGGUCCCACCACCUGGAAUGGAAACUCACAUACCAGUUCUCUUCCUUGAUCUGAACGCCGAUGACCUCAGUGCCAACGAGCAGCUCGUGGGCCCGCACGCGUCGGGCGUGAACUCCAUCCUGCCCAAGGAGCACGGCAGCCAGUUUUUCUACCUGCCCAUCAUAAAGCACAGUGAUGAGGAGGUUUCAGCCACAGCCUCUUGGGACUCCUCAGUGCAUGAUUCCGUUCACCUGAAUAGGGUCACGCCCCAGAACGAAAGGAUUUACCUGAUAGUGAAAACCACGGUCCAGCUCAGCCACCCGGCUGCUAUGGAGUUAGUAUUGCGAAAACGGAUUGCAGCCAAUAUUUACAACAAACAGAGCUUCACCCAGAGUCUGAAGAGGAGAAUAUCAUUGAAGAAUAUAUUUUAUUCCUGUGGUGUAACCUAUGAAAUAGUAUCCAAUAUACCAAAGGCAACAGAGGAGAUUGAGGACCGGGAAACACUGGCUCUCAUGGCAGCAAGGAGUGAAAAUGAAGGCACUUCAGAUGGGGAGACCUACAUAGAGAAAUACACGCGUGGCGUGCUGCAGGUGGAGAACAUUCUGAGCCUUGAACGGCUCCGGCAGGCGGUCACGGUCAAAGAAGCUCUGUCCACCAAAGCUCGGCACCUGAGGAGGAGUCUCAGCACACCAAACGUUCAUAAUGUCUCCUCCAGUCGACCAGACCUUUCUGGCUUUGAUGAAGAUGAUAAGGGUUGGCUAGAGAACCAAUUAGACAUGUCUGACUAUUGCUCCAGUUACCAGGAUAUAGCCUGUUACGGAACUUUACCCAGGGAUUCGCCUCGAAGGAGUAAAGAAAGUUGUCCAUCAGAGAACCCCCACGCCUUAACAGUCAGUCCUUUUAAAGCAUUCUCUCCCCAGCCACCAAAGUUUUUCAAACCCUUAAUGCCUGUAAAGGAGGAACAUAAGAAAAGGAUAGCCCUUGAAGCAAGGCCACUCCUCAGCCAGGAGGACUCUGAGGAGGAGGAAAAUGAUCUGGAAGCUCUUAACAGGAAGCUGAUAAGUUCACAGCCUUACGUACCUGUGGAGUUUGCGGACUUCAGUGUUUACAAUGCCAGCUUGGAGAACAGGGAGUGGUUUUCUUCUAAAGUCGAUUUGAUGAACUCAAGGGUCUUGGAGAAAGAAGUGUCCCGUAGCCCCACCACCAGCAGUAUUACCAGCGGCUACUUUUCCCACAGUGCCUCCAAUGCCACGCUGUCUGACAUGGCGGUCCCUUCCAGUGACAGCUCAGACCAGCUAGCCAUGCAGACAAAGGAUACAGACUCCAGUGAGCAUUAUGGACCGUCACUUGUGCACGAUUUCAGACCGUCCUCAAACAAAGAGUUGACAGAACUAGAAAGAGGCAUGGGGAAAGAGAAGAUAAUUUUGGUGCCCCUCAAGGAAAACAGUGCCUUAGCCAAAGGGAGCCCAUCGCCCCAAAACAUCCCUGAGAAAAACCCCCAAAUCCUCUGUAGGACUGGCUCCUGUUCCGAACACGAUGCCUGCUCCAGCAGAAAUGGCCAGCCAGCCAGAGAAUUUUACCCCGGGGAAGUGACCAUAGAACACACCACAAAUAUCCUUGAGGACCAUUCUUUCACAGAGUUUAUGGGUGUAUCCGAUGGGAAAGAUUUUGACGGUUUGACAGACUCUUCUGCUGGAGAGCUUUCGAGUAGAAGAAAUCUGCCAAGUAAAACGGACCAGAAGAGUAUCGCUGACGGGCCACAGGGCCCUGCGCAGCUGCAUUCCUCGGUUGAGAGUGACGAGGGCAGCACGACCACUCGGUGAAAGGCAGCCCACGCUGCCCCGCAGGCCAUGGCAUCUUUGCUCCGGUUGCCUUGUGGAAGCACCAGCCGCAUCUUUAAACCGUGUGGCGGCCCAGCCGGGGACCUCAGACCAGCGUGGAGAAGCCGUGUGCUUCAUGGGCCACCUACUUUCUCCUCCCGAGCUGGGAGCAGCGGCACUUUGUCAGGCGGGUGAAUCGGCAGCCUCUGCUUUUCCCAGAAAGCUAGAGAACCGAAAAUCCUGGACUGAAUUAAGUGGCAGUAUUUUUGUUUUGCACUUAACUACUACACACACCCACUGUGUAGAAACCCCCACAGAUUCAAACAAACUUUAUUCUUGUACAACUAAUUUUAAUCAGUUCUUACUGUAAAAUCUGGAGUCAAUGCUUUUUUUUUUAUAAAUAAUAUAUAUGAUGUAUAUGAAAUGUAUAUCUAUAGUAUGUCUGUUCCGAGACAGACAAGACUGCGCAUGAAAAUGCAGAUAAAAGUGGUUUGUAGAAAAUCAUAAGGUACUGGACUUGGAUACACAGCAACUUAGGUAAUCAUCUGAUAGACGAGCAGAUGAAAAAGAUUUGAUUGCCUAAGAACGAGGUCGCAAAUCCCUCUUUGCAGAAAAGGUUCCAGAAGGCCGUUCUUUACAACCAAAGAACUUACGUAAGACUGCACGUGUUUGCUGUCCAUUCCUGUUUCAUGUGUACAUAUAUGUCUGACUGCAAGUUUGGUGCCAUAUUCCUCUUGGCUACCAGGCCCCCUGUAGCUAGCCGCUCUCUGUCCUGUUGCAUAAGCACACUGAAAAACCCCAUAGCUAUCCUCCACGGUCUUCCACCUGGCCCGGCACCUGCUGAUGAGACAUGGUACCGGAACUGUGGACACUGCCUGGGCUCUGGCUCCAGCCUCCCUUGUCCCUUGGUUUGGCCUGGCCAGGCAGGUGGGAUGCGGUGAGCAGUAUUACUGUAGGAAAACACGAGGACACGCCUGGAGUUGGGUUUGGGGAGGGAGGGGGAUGUUGAUUUUUGUCUUUUUGUGGGUUUUGUUUUUUUUUUUUAUUUUGGAUUGGUAGGUUCCGUUGUGUGGUUUUGCUGUUGUUACUUUCCUUCCGUUGUUGGGAUGAGCUCUACAGGUCACAGGUGCCCGCUCUGCCAUGUUUGCGGCAGACGACUGAGUACAGAGGACCCCGCUGUCCACGUCUUCGUUUGCGGAGUUCUGCUAACGGAGGCGUCGAAGGGAUGACGUGCGUGCAUUGUGACACGAGUACUUUAUGCACCUGCUCUGUAGAAGCCUGUGGGAUGGGUGUGCAUGUACAGCAGGAAAUGCCUGUGGGAGAGAGAAAAGGCAUACAGCCUGCUGUACCUUUUUCUUUAAGUUCUUAGCACCAGUACAUGAGUAAGAUUUUGGAGACUAAUGAAAAGCUGCUGUUCAUGAUUUUGUGUAUAGUGAGCCGACUGUAGUGUUUUACUAUUGUCUGUUUAAAAAAAAAAAACAACUGUAAUUUAUAUCCUUUCAACUUUAUUGUAUUUAAUUGGUUCAGACUGUGUGUGUGUGUGUGUGUGUGUAUGUGUGUGUUUUAGAAUACAGACUGCCUAAUUCAGAUUUUAAAACAUCAGUGGUUUGUCUUUAAUAACUCUGCCAUUAGCUGCAGAUCUAACUUCCCUUAUU